UCCAAGGGUAAAAGAACGUAAAAUCUUCUACUUCUCCUCGUCGUCUCCUUCGUUGCUCUUCUCCGGCUAUACGAUUUCCUGAUCCGAGAGCAAUCUCUCACUUCAAAAGCUUGAUUUCCUGAAUUUGCCGAAUCUGAUCACUGAUGGAUAGUGGAGCGCUCAACAUCAAGAAAUGGGUAGUGGUGUAUCCAGUCUAUAUUAACUCAAAGAAAACUGUAGCUGAGGGAAGAAGAAUCAGUGUGAGUCAAGCAUGUGAGAAUCCUAAUUGCAUUGAGAUUAGUGAUUGUUGCAAGCAUUUGAAACUCCCUAGUGCUGUCGAGAUUGACAAAGCGUACCCGCGCGACUUCAUGCAAGUAGGUAGAGUAAGAGUGCAGUUGAAAAGAGAGGAUGGGACUUUACUCAAUCCAGCCAUUACUUCAAGAAAGCAAUUGAUGCAGAAAAUUGCAGAGUUGGUACCGAGACAUCCAGAGAGAGUGAAGAAGCAGGAAUCUCAGAAAGCGAAGAAGCAGGAACCUCAGGCCACAACUUCAACCUCCGGAACUUCUUCAAAGUCAGGAAAAGGUGGCAAGAAGAAGAGAUAAACGAGCCCUCUUUCUCUCUCUCUGUCAUUUAUUUUUCUCCUCGCAUCAGAUUCUGUGGCUUUUGAUCUCUAAAACUUAGUGAGAAGAACACAAAGGUGUUUGCAGGUGUAACAAUGUUUCAAAUAGAAGCUAUUUUGGUUUAAUCACUCUGUUUGGUUUUUGGCACCAGCCAUUAACAUUA